AGAAAUAAGAAAGUUACAAUCUUUUCCUUUGCUUGCGUUAAUAUGUGUCUCACCGAUAUUCGAUCCUCGUCGUUUUGGCGACCGAUCGUGUUUCAUUCUUGACUGAUUUCGAGGGGGAUCCCCCCAGUAGUGGGGAUACAAUUUUAACAUUUUCGGUAGAGAUCUUUUUAACAUUUACGGAGAGAAUACUGUAGUGAACACAUCGUUGGAACAAUUUUAAUGCAAGAACUUUUUUAUUUUUGAUGUUUUUGUUAUGAAACUUCUUACCGACAUAUUUGUGAUACUUUCCUGAUUAAAAUGAGACUAAACGUGACGUAAUUCAUAAUAUAUUUACUUAUUUCAAGCGUUUUGUUUAUAUAGAUGUUUUACCGUAGUAAGAUUCGCGGUAAACAGACGCGGAAUGACAUGUCGAGUAAUUUCGCUUUUCUUCGGUGCUAUUCGGAUAAUCACGUGAUGCAUCUGACAGUCGAAAUCGUAGACUUAGCUCUAUCUUCGAGGGUUUUAUUUCUGUUCAUUAUUACAAAUAAAUAUGCCUUGAAUUAUAUUGUGUUUGGUCUCAUUUUAAUGAAGAAAAUGUCACUAAUUAGUUGGGAAAAGUUGAAUAGAAAAAAAGACUGAAAAUAAAAAAGUUAACGGCACAUUUGUAUUGCAAAUAAUAAAACAGGGUUUUGAUGUUUUUUGACUGAUAUAAUCGCAGUCUCUUUUCCACCCGCUAUCUUCCUUUGCGUUUAAAACUUAUCGUCAAUUAAACCAGUUAAGAUUUACCGAAGAUAACACGUAAGAAAUUAUGAAUUAUCGUACUCGCCAGAUGCCGGGAUCAAAAUAGAAGACAGUAGAAACAAAACGAGAUGUUUCGAAUGGAAGGUCAAUGAUUUUAGUGGAAACAUAAUUCAAUGACAUUGCUGGGAAAAUUGUUCUCGCUUUUCGAUCGAAAUCAGGAUAUGUUGCUGACACAAGAUGAGUGGAUCGAAUUUUUAAAAGGAAGAUUUACAAAUGAAAAACAUAUCGAUUUUAUUAGCCAUAUCGAAAGCGUUGCAUACAGUCUGUGCGACGAAAAUCCUAUAAGCCUGAUGAAAUUUCAACAAAUAUUCUCUACUAAGGAGAUUGUAGAUAAAUUAUAUCGACUGAUCGAUGAAGAAAAUGUGGGAUACGUGACAUCCUCUCAAAUUAUGGAAUUUAUUUCAAGCAUCAGCGAUACAAGACCACGAGCUGGUUUUGAUAAACGCAGUUUAGAAUGGCUGGAAAAAAUUUUUAAACAGACUGUCGGCAACGAGAAAGAAAUAAGGCGCGAAGAAUUUAACAAAAUCGUCACUUCGAAGAACCCAUUCUUCACUGACAGAGUGUUCCAAAUAUUCGACAAGGACAAUUCUGGAACCAUAUCCUUGCAGGAAUUUCUUGACGCGAUGAAUCAAUUCGCGGGGAAGAGUCCCGAUGACAAAAUCAAAUUUCUUUUCAAAGUUUAUGAUAUCGAUGGUGAUGGAUUGAUACAGCUUCGUGAACUGGAACACGUGAUGAGAGCAUGCAUGGAGGAAAAUGGAAUAGAGUGUAGCGAAGAACAAAUCGAGGAAUUAACCAUAGCGUUAUUCGAAGACGCUGAUCAGGCUAACAGGGGAGCCAUCACGUUCGAAGCCUUGAAAAAUCAAUUAGAAAAACAUGAUGGAUUAUUGGAGAACCUUUCUAUUAGCAUCGACCGAUGGUUAGUGCCACCAAAACCAAAAUUGAAACCGAAGACUGGUUUGGGCUUCCUGGCAUCAUUGAGACCUUAUCAGUUAACGAAACCGUACAUGAAAAAUAAUUAUGUCUACAUUGCCUUCAUCUCGAUCUUUGUCUCCAUCAAUGUGGCUCUCUUCAUCUCCAGACUUUACGAAUAUCGACGAUCUAAUGGCUAUGUUAUGCUCGCUCGAGCUUGUGGACAGUGUUUAAAUUUUAACUGCAGCUUCAUCUUGGUUCUUAUGUUGAGGCAAUGCAUUACUUUCUUACGAACACAUGGAUUCAAUUCUGUAUUGCCAUUAGAUCAGCAUAUUUAUCUUCACAAGAUGACUGGAGUUCUAAUCGGCGUUUUCAGCGUGGUACACACACUGAUGCAUCUGUUGAAUUUUGGUACAGUGGUGAUAAACGAUGAAAUUCUUAAUCAAAAUAAUUACACUUUAUCUGAAUGGUUGCUGACAGAUAGACCAGGUCUGUUUGGUCUCGUGGAUGGCUAUGCAAAUCCAACUGGAGUUAUUCUCGUUUUUCUUCUUGCCAUAAUGACAAUAUGUUCAAUGCGGUUUGUUCGCAGAGGGGGCUGCUUUGAGAUAUUUUAUUGGUCACACCUGUUGUAUAUACCAUUCUGGAUAUUGCUAAUAUUACAUGGACCAAAUUUCUGGAAAUGGUUCAUAGGACCAGGUACCAUAUACCUUUUGGAGAGGAUUCGACGAAUGGCUUGGUCCCGUUCUCAACUAGGAAAAACAUACAUAAGUUCAGGACUUUUGCUACCAUCGAAAGUAACUCAUUUGGUCAUUAAAAGACCUCCACAUUUCGAUUUUCAUCCUGGUGAUUACGUGUUUGUGAAUAUUCCUGUGAUAGCUCGUUAUGAAUGGCAUCCUUUCACAAUCAGUAGUGCUCCAGAACAUGAAGAUUAUUUAUGGCUUCAUAUUCGAGCAGUAGGAGAAUGGACCAACAGUCUCUAUUCAUAUUUUGAAAAAGAACAACUGAAACUUCAACGGAACAACAUGUUUCCAAUCGAAGGAUGCAGUAAUUCUAACAGUUCUGAUAAGGUAUUUCUGGACCAAAAGCAAAAUUUGAGCUUAAAUAAAAAAAUGGUUUCACCUGCCUUAUUAACAGGAAACCGUCGCUGUUUUGAUAAUCCUAUUUUCGCUUCAGAAAAUGGAAAGAUAAUUCAGUCACCACAUUCUGCAAUUGAAGAUAAUACAAAUAUUGUAGGUUCAGCAAAUAUUGACAAACUUCCAAAGGAACCAAAGCUUCAUCGCUCGCUGCUUGGUGCCAAAUCGCCUUUAGAAAAAUCCGUCUCGGUACCAGAUAUGCAAACAGGAAACAAGAAAAAGGAAAGACUGACAGCACUCCGCAACUAUAUGAGAUCUGAAUCGGACAGAAGCUUCGAUGAACGUCAAAUGCGAUGUGCACGAUUGAAAUCUUCAGAUCAAGCUUAUUCAAGUCCACAAAACAAAGGAUUAGCGCAAAGUUUUCGGUAUAUGAGAACCAAACCUACGAUAAUUGCAUUUAAAACGCCGAGUCUAGAAAACCACGAGUACGAAGCAGUAACACCUACGAAUAAAAAUACAUCACAACCAAAUACAAAUGACUGCAGAAGAUUAUCAACCAAUAUAAUCGCAAUGCAGGCAGCAGCAGAAGAAGGUAAAUUACAUACAAAGUUUGAAGAAAUCGCAAAGAGAAACAUAAAUGAUAUUUGUUCACAUGAAGACUUGAAUUAUACCAUAGGAAAACCGUUAGAGAUUUUCCUGGAUGGUCCAUAUGGAGCACCCUCGAGUCACAUAUUUCAAGCGCAACAUGCAGUUUUAAUUGCAACAGGAAUUGGAGUAACACCUUUUGCAUCGAUAUUGCAAUCCAUUAUGCAUCGUUACUGGAAAGCCCGGCAUACUUGUCCAAAAUGCAAGUUCUCCUGGGCUAGUGAAAUCCCACCUACUGUCAUGCAUCUUCGAAAGGUCGACUUUUUCUGGAUCAAUAGAGAUCAAAGAUCAUUUGAAUGGUUUGUAAACUUACUAUCUCAAUUAGAAAUGGAGCAAGCAGAACUUGGCGUUACCAUGGAACGUUUCCUUGAGAUGCACAUGUACAUCACUAGUGCCCUUCAAAAAAAUGAUAUGAAGGCUGUCAGUUUGCAGUUAGCAAUGGACUUAGUUCAUCAAAUGGAAAAACGAGAUCUUAUAACAGGCCUAAAAACAAGAACAAAUGCAGGACGGCCAAAUUGGGAUAAGGUCUUUAAACAACUCCAAGACAGGAGAAAGGGUAAAGUAACAGUUUUUUAUUGUGGACCACCACAAUUGGCGAAAAUUUUGCGUUAUAAAUGUGAUCAGUUCGGUUUCAAAUUUAAAAAAGAAUCUUUUUGAGUUUCUAUGAAAGAAAAUGUUACGUUGUCUUACCUUGUCAUUUUGUAUCAUUGCAAGAUAUAUUUUUAUAGCUCCAUUGAUUAUCAAUUGUACAACAAAUGUAUAUUAUUAUUUUACUUUAAUUUGUCAAGAAUUGGAGCAACUGUUCUUAGCAUUUAAUAUUUAAGAAUUUUUAAAUAUUACGUCAUUUAAGUAAACAAUCAAGAGAUUUACUUCAUGUUGUUCAUGAUGCGAGCUGUUUCAUGCAUUAUCCAAAUUGUCAUUAAUAUAAGAAGAAAAUUCAUUUGUCGUUCUGUCAUAACUAGAAAAUUUAUCAGUACUGAUAUAACUGAAAAUAGUUCUUGUAAUUGGAAAUCCUUCAACUAACUUCAAAUAUGUUACAAAUUCAAAGACAAUCUACACAAAGUGAUUCUUUUCUCAAAUCAUCUGAAACUUGAGUCUAAUUGAAAAUAUUAUUGUACAUAUAUAAU